AUGCGCGCCGGUGGCCCUCGUCGAGCUACGCGAACGCUCCAUGUUGGACCUCUGCUUUGCGUCACGCGGCAACGUCUCCAUACGCGCGGCCCCUGCCACGUUCUUACGUGGCCCUGUGGCGACUUCGGAUCGCUGAGGUUGGGAACCGAAUCAUCUAGGCACGAUACGCUAUGCAUGGCUUGCGGCCAUGCCACGGGCACUGACCCUGAUACCUUGAUGCGGACCAAGGUUGCCCGGGACCGCAGCCACCGGCUUCUGUGAACGGCUUCUGUGAACGGCUUCUGUGAAAAUGGUGAAUGUCUCUGGGAGGAGCAAGGGCUGCGCGACGUGCCGGCAAGCCAAGGUCAAGUGCGACUUGGCAGUCCCCGAGUGCCAAAGAUGUGUCAGGCACGGUUCCCGCUGUCCCGGGCCCCGAACGGGCGCCCUCUUUGUCAACGCCGGGCCGUCCCAUCAGCUUAGACCGAGCACAACGUCUCAGCAGCGCAAACGGGGAGAGCUCGUUCUCGCUCGGAUGGUCGAAUCCGCCCCGUGUCUAUCGCUUCUACAGCCGUCUCGUGCUGCAGCCUUUGAUCAACUGUUUGUGUCCUAUUUCAUCCAGUCCUUUGACCAGACCCGACACGUCGGAUCUCCCGGGGGCAGAUCCGCGCACUGGCUCGACAGACUCCCAGCCUUCCUCGUCGAGCCGGGCAGCAUGGCGCCGAAGCUCGCUAUCCGCGCGGCCUCUAUGCUAAGCUACGGGACGGCGGCCCAGGACGCUUCGAUUCAAGCCGACGCGUACACGUGGUACGCUAGGGCGCUCCCAGCACUGCGCGCCGUGCUCUCGGGGGGGACAUGCAAGCCCCCGGCCAUGGACGGGGCCGUCUGCUCAGCCGUGAUGCUGAUGCACUUUGAGACAUGGGCAAAGACGGCGGACCAGGCGUGGAUACCGCACGUCAAGGGUGUGUGUACGAUGCUCGAGGCUGCAGGGCCGCACUCCUGUCGCACCGGGUUCAUGCAUCACGUCUUCUGCCACGUCCGACUCCAAGCGUGCGUCGAGGCCAUGUCGGAAAAUGUGUUGCACCCCUUUGCAUCGCCGGAGUGGAUGACUAGUCCGUUUGAACUGAUUCCAAAGACGUUCUUCGACGAGCUCGUGGAUCUUCUCUUUCUGGUGCAGAAGUGCUUGACGCGCGCGACCCAGCUAAUGCGGGACGAUCACGGUCACUCCCGGACCACAGACGAUGCGCUGGAUAUGUGGAUUCACGAGGCCACCUCUUUGCAGCAUCUGUGGCGGCAGCAAUAUGUGUCAUUCGUGCAAACGCCAGGCGGGAAUGAUUCAAAAGCCCUCGAACCUCUGUCCUCGCCAACCCAUUGCUUCCACUUUCGGGAUGUACCGUACACGACCGUCUCAGCAGCCGCCCUCACCUCGCUGUACCACAUGGUCAGCCUUUUGCUCCUCCGCCUCCGUCGACAAACAUGCGACACAUGCAUUGAACGGCACACACGGGCCAUUCUUCUGGCCCACGACUUUGUGCUCUGCGCCUCCGGCCCCUCUGCCGAGUUCGGGUCCAUCAUGAUGCUCCUUCAGCUAAAGAUGGCGAGCUUGUGGGGUGCUUCGCUGGCGGAACGAGUCGCGGCGGAGAGCGCUUUGCGGAAUCGUCGGACGCGGAGUGGCGGAUUCAUGGGUGUCUUCGAUACACAGCACGGCUUUUUUGCAGAGUUGGCCGCUUGGGUAUUGUCAGAGUGUCGACGAGUUUAAGCCCCCCUGUGCUACCGAGACUGCGUGUCGGAUGGCUUAUUCUUGUUCAUUGAUAGCUGGCGACAGGGUUGCCGAGGACCUCUGUUCGGACGGCCAAGCUCUAUGGACAGGCUAUUUUCACGCUCCAGAACACUCCGUUUCUUUGGUUACCCAAAUUACAUCCGCACAUGGAUACAAUCCCCGCGGUGUUCCUUGACAGGACUGAGGGCGUUGCAAUGGCAGGCUGCAUACGGGAGCCUUUUUGGCUAUUGUAUAUCUCAAUCGCCACACGAAUGGUUUGACCACUCUGUGUAGAUAUGCUAGAGACAGAGAGAAUCCCCCCCCCCCGGGUCAAUUGCCAACGGGAAGCCUGCGCGCAUUGCAAGUUGUCCAUGGCCGAUCCGGCUGAGCCGUCAAAGUUGAACGCUGCACGGUGCCAAAGGGCCUUUGGUCAGGGCGCCGCCCGAACGAGAUCAACUGUGGCGCAGUGAAAGGAGCCUCCCAGACUGUUCACAUUCUCAAAUGGACAGAGAAUGGGCUCCAUACCAAAUUUGUCCCGGACCCAGUCUGCAAACUCCGUGUCGUGCUCUUCAACUAGAAUACGUUUCUCGUCGAGGCUCAGCGCAUUGAGCACCAACCACGGCGAGCACAUGUACAUUGGCGGGCGAUGGCUCUCACGACGCCGUGGCACGAAUGGGUAAGGGUGCAGCUCCCACUUGCCAUGUGCAAAGACGGAGUGUCGACGGAGCUCCACCUCGGUGACCCUGGCCGGGUUGUAUACUAGGACACCCUGACGGAGCGCAAGGAUCGUGGCGUCGAUGUGCAUGGCGUGCACGUCGUUGGUCUCGAGGAUCUCGACCGUGUAUCCCGGCGGGACUACGGUGCGGAGAUAAUCGACACCCCGCUGGUUGGUGACAUUGCUAAGCUGGCCGAUGAUGGUCUUGCCGAAACGCAUAAAGUCAGCCGCAUCAAAGGCUGACCUCGAGUUGUUGAUGGCCCAGGGCUGUUGACCUUUGCCAUUGCUGAUGGCGUCGUCGUACAGGGUAUCGUGUCCCAAGAUGACUGGAGCUGGGCAGAUGCGGCCUGGACCGUUGCUCCCGGCGAGCUCGGAUAGUAUGUCCGCGUAUGCCAGCUGCACCUCGUGGCGACGGCACCUCCAAGCAAAAUGUGCUUCGAUGAGAGAAGUGCCCACGGUCAUCAACGCGUCUCGAGGCAUGGCUCCCGUGUAGCCGCCGGCCUUCAACCAGUCGACCUGUUUGGGGCGGUACACGAGAAUGCCCUCUCUCUCGAGGAGGGCCGCGAGAUUGUCCAGCUCCUCUUUGGCUUUGAGCACUACGUCAGCAGGGAAAGGAUUGGCCGGUCUGAACUCGAGAGCAUGCUCUUGCGGCAUCGUUGCCGCGAUCAUGUGAGGAGGCUCGGAGGGGAAAGUCGAGUGUUCCGCGCGGCCGACAAUGACUGCCUUGAGGGGAGACCAUUCAUUGUCCGCGGAGAUGAGUGGGAGCUUCUCAAUGGCCAUUGUAGCUGUCUUAGAGGAUGCAAGUUCGAUGGGCCUGUGGAUUUGGCCCGGGCUCUAUGUUGUGGUGUAAGUUAGUCGGAGCAGAG